CACAAUAAACGAUAGGCAUUGGCUACAAAAAAGUGGAAAAAGAGGUGGAGGGAAAGGCCAAUCCAGUGCAACAAUACCGACGAAAACACCGCGCUCGCACACACAACACUAACACACACGCACGAAGCAAGAGCGCCCACAAAUACAGGCAUACAGAUACAGGCACACAGACAGGCAGACGGAGCAGCCGCGAUGACAAGUCAUCAUCAUCAUCACGUCGGCGUCGGAGGGAACUUCCAGCCUCAACUGCAUCAGAUUCGGGCGCCCAUCGUUAAGAAUCUAUCGCUGGCUGCUGCGGCGGUACCGCUGCCCCUGCACUCCGCCCCGUCAUCGGCAUACUUCACUCAUGCACACCCGCCCACGGCGGCCACAAUUGUUGAGCAAGAUCCGUACACCGUUUUGGCGGGCGAUCCGAUGGGCGAGGAGAGCGAGAGCUUCCUGAUUGAGGAGAUCAUCGACGACUAUGAUGAUGAGGCUAAUAUCGUAGUAGACACUGGCGAGUUCUUCGAGCACUAUGAAUACUAUCCGGUGGAUCGGCUGGACAGGCUUACCUCGGUCACGGUGGCAACGGCAGAUGCACUACCGCCGCCCAUCAUCAUGCAGCAGACCAGCGACGACGAAGAAUUUAUCGAGGAGGAUGGACAGCAGAUGACCUCCUCCUGUGAUGGCGAUGGUGAUGGCGAGGAGGAGACCGAGCAGGAUGAUGAGGCUACCGCGCCGGCUACGACAAAUGCCUUCGAGAUUGCCUCCGAGAUGCUAACCACCAUCGAGGCCACCAACAUCAAGGAGGAGCAGCUUGAGAGCGACUUCUACAUGAAGGCAACCGAAGAUUCAAACAGCUCGAAUGGCCAGCUGCAGGAUUUUAAGCUAUUCGGUAGCAGUCGCGUGGAGAGGCCCAUGGGAAAUUCAGCCGCCAAGCGCUGGAAGCAAACAAAGGUACCCAUACGCAUUACGCAGGAUGAGUUCAAUGUCACCCUAUGGUCCUCGCUCAACUCGGAGGAUGAGGACGAGGAGGAGGAGUUGGAGGAACCACCUGGCUGUGCUGUCACCACAUCCGUGACAUCCUCCUCCGCCGCCCAGAAUGAAGGCUCAUCCAGCAUGCCAAAGCUUAUUAUCGACGAGCACAUGAUCAACCACGAUGUUUUGAGCGAUGGCAUCGGCAACGAGUACGUCAUCCUGCCCGAUCCAUUCAGCGCCUCUGCGGUUACGGAUGUGGAAGAGGUUGUUAAUGCAUUUAUGGGCGAUGUCAAGGGCGAGGAGGAUAGCCAGCCACUAAGUGAGCAGUUGAUAUAUGCGGAAAAUCAGAUGGAAGAAGCCUAUGGUAACAUUGAGCUUAUCGAGAAUAUGCCGAAUAAUGUAGAACUGAUACAGAGCCCGGGACCAGGUCCAGCUACUGUACCGAUAGCGCUAUCGAAGGUCAAUGGAUGUGUACCGAAUCCACAGCCGGCUCUUCCAAAAUUGGUGCUCCAGAACAGCAGCACCAAUGUGCGACUGAAAAAUGCGGGAAAUCAGACAAAGGUGACAAAGAGGCAACUCACGGCGGCGGCUCAGGUGGCGACACCAACUCCUCCACCGCCACUAGUGGCUUCCUGCAAUCCAGCCCGACCACGACCCACAAUUGUAACCAAAUUACCGACUGCAGUGCCCAACCAGACGGCUGGUAAUCCUAUGGGAGCAGCUGGCGCGGCCGCUGAGGAGGAUGAGGAGCCAAAGUUUCGCUGCACUCAUCGCGGCUGCAACAAGGAGUUUCGCAACCACUCGGCCAUGCGCAAGCAUAUGCACACGCACGGACCGCGCGGUCAUGUGUGCAACGUCUGCGGCAAGAGCUUCGUAGAGAGCUCCAAGCUAAAGCGUCACCAGCUGGUGCACACCGGCGAGAAGCCCUUCGAGUGCACCUUCGAGGGGUGCGGCAAGCGCUUCUCGCUGGACUUCAAUCUGCGCACCCACGUACGGAUACACACUGGCGAUCGGCCCUACCACUGUCCCAUUGAUGGCUGCUCCAAGUGCUUCGCCCAGUCAACGAACCUCAAGUCACACAUGCUGACACACACAAAGCCCAAAAGGAAGUGGCCGCGCGCACCGCAAGUGAGCAACAACAAAACACCGCUGGUGGCCAGAUACGGGAGACUGGAGUUCGGCGAGGAUCCUCGUCUAGUGUACGUAGAACAAAACGAGGAGGUGGCAUCGGUGCUGCUGGAUGGCACGUCUCUAGCAUCCUAACUAUUAGUGCGCAUUAAUGUGUCGCUGGUAUUGGCAUGAGAUGGUUUAAAUAUGAAAGCUCCUUCGGUUCCAGAUGGCAAGAUUGUACAGUUAGUUGUAGUCAGUUUUUAUCUGUAUCUGUAACCUAACGAGCGGAGCGGCAGGACGAGAUUUUCACCUGGUGAUUACAUCCGCUCUCUGCCCGCCCUUUAAGUAAAUAGUGUAAGUUCUUUCUCUAACAAUAUAGAAUUGCAGUGCAAAAGGAGGUUAGAUGGUAGCCAUUGAAUAAUUUCCUGCACGUAUGGAAAACCCGGAUAAAAAGCAGUUCUAAGAGUUUAGCUUGUAGCGUAGGCUAAGUGAGUCGAGUCCCCCGCAAAACCAAAACCGAAUCGUAAUCCCCGAAAAACUCAGCCAAAACUGUCCCCUAACAACCAUUAAUUCGAUCUGAUCCCAAUAGUGUGCGAUCUUCGCUCGAAUAACAAAACGCGCACUUUCUUUUCUACGAAAAAAAAAAACAAAAAAAAUACACAAAACUAGUUUUACCAUAUUCAAUACGCAUACACCAUAGGCUAUCUAUAUAUUUUUGUAAUGAAUUAUAACACUUAGAGCAUUGAAGUACGGAUUUAGCAAGUUCAACGUCUGUUGGCGCUAACAAUAAUUCACAAAUGGAAGCACAUCAGUUAAGUCGGAAUAAACAAGGGAAUACCUCUUCAAAAUUCAACAAAAAUAAACCAGGAAAACAAUGCAA